AUGGCAAAUGAACAGCAGAUCAAUGUGCCGUCGCUCGUCGUCAUCCUGGUCCUUUCAGGAUUGAUAAUACGGUACCUUUUCUUCUCACCACCAACACCGCAGCAGGCAGUGAGGGACCCCACCUCGGCGCUGCGAUCAAGGGAGGUUGCCGUCGAGAGAAUUCAGCAGAUGUUCCCACAGGUGGACAGGAGGACUAUCUUGUGGGAUCUGCAAAGGACCGGGGGGGAUAUUGCGGCGACGACGGAGAGGAUACUGGCUGGGAGAUUGGAGACGCCACCCGUCACGUUCCAACCACCGCCGGCCCCUGGGUCGAAUACGGCGGGUGGUUCUACAACACAAUCGUCGCAAAGCCGGGCGGCUAGGCCGGCCGGGAAGCCGGAACAACCGGACCUCAUCACGCGCUACAAGCUAAAGGAUAAGGUCUCGGCUUCUUCCGAGGGCGAAGAGAUCGAGGGCAGCAGCGAGGGCAGCGGGAAGGGAGCGAAAGGCUGGAGCUCAAACCGCGAGGAGAGACAGACACUUUUGCAGAAGAGAAGGGACCAGAUGAUAUUGGAGGCGAGGCGAAAGAUGGAGGCCAGGAUGGCGGCGGAGAAAGCCGCGGCCGAGGGACGUUAA